UAUUACCAUGAAUGUGCAUUCUUGCGUAAGCGCUGCCUUUUCCAGCUUUUUUAAAUACGAAUCUCAAAAAAUAAAAUCUGUGUCAGCUGCAUGGCUGUAAGGCUUUAUGUACCUUUUAAAGCUUACACGAGGAUUCGUCUGCUCUUCCACUUCCACUUCCUCUCUCGCUAUGAUAAUUUUCUCUUCUCUGCCACCCGAAAUCUUUAUAUAUUCUCUAUUUCUCCCUCUUUCACCUUAAUCAAAGGUUACCAAUUUAAUUCAUCCACCAAAUGUUAAUUCUUGGUUCUAACUCCUGCUCUUUCUGAGUCAUGAUUCUAUAGCUUUUCUGGUUAUUGACGUUUGGAUCAAAUUAGGCCCGAACCCUCAGGUUUGACCGAGUCUUGAUUUCUGGUGGUUUUUGAAGUUGGGUUAAGACUGUUUACCUGUCACACAAAUAUUUGUGGCUUUAUUAGCUGCCCAAAAGGGACAACAGAACUCUAUUAAAUUCAUCCUAGGAGGUCUUAUUCUAGACAGAUGCCAGGGAACAAGUAUAACGGAAACCAAACGGUUGCCACCACUCGAUUGGAGAGGCUAUUGAGAGAAAGAGAGCUAAGGAAAACUAGCAGAACUUCUCAUCAAACAAGCGAUUCUACUGAUAGCAACAGGGGCAAUGAGCUCUCUGACCAUGAUUUUCGCCAAGGAGAAGCUGAUAAUGCAGGAGUUUCAUAUGUCGAACAGUACCUAGAAGGAGUUGCACGAGCAUAUAAUGAGGGAUGGGAGCGGCCCGAUGGACGGCCCACCAGACAACGACUCCUGGUUGUGGCUAAUAGGUUACCCGUCUCUGCAGUAAGAAGGGGUGAGGAAUCCUGGUCUCUGGAGAUAAGUGGUGGAGGUCUAGUUAGUGCUCUUCUUGGUGUGAAGGAGUUUGAGGCUAGAUGGAUUGGUUGGGCGGGUGUGAACGUGCCAGAUGAGGCGGGGCAGAGGGCGCUUACUAAAGCACUAGCAGAAAAGAGGUGUAUCCCUGUGUUCCUGGAUGAAGAAAUUGUUCAUCAGUAUUACAACGGUUAUUGCAACAACAUAUUGUGGCCUCUUUUCCAUUAUCUUGGACUUCCGCAAGAAGACCGCCUCGCGACUACCAGAAGUUUCCAGUCUCAGUUUGCUGCUUAUAAGAAAGCGAAUCAAAUGUUUGCCGAUGUUGUGACUGAACAUUAUGAAGAAGGCGAUGUAGUCUGGUGUCAUGACUACCAUCUCAUGUUCCUUCCUAAAUGUCUCAAGGAGUACAACAGCCAAAUGAAAGUUGGGUGGUUUCUACACACACCCUUUCCAUCCUCAGAAAUCCACAGGACUUUGCCAUCUAGAUCGGAGCUGCUCCGAGCAGUUCUCGCGGCUGAUUUGGUUGGUUUUCAUACCUAUGACUAUGCAAGGCAUUUCGUUAGUGCCUGUACUCGUAUCCUUGGACUUGAAGGAACUCCCGAAGGAGUAGAAGAUCAAGGUAGACUGACCCGUGUUGCUGCGUUCCCCAUUGGUAUAGAUUCAGAGCGAUUCAUUCGAGCACUUGAAGUUCCUCAAGUUCAGGAACACAUUAAAGAACUAAAAGAUAGAUUUGCUGGGAGAAAGGUGAUGUUAGGAGUUGAUCGCCUUGAUAUGAUUAAAGGAAUUCCCCAGAAGAUCCUAGCAUUUGAGAAGUUCCUUGAAGAAAACCCGUACUGGCGUGAUAAAGUGGUUUUGCUGCAAAUUGCUGUGCCAACAAGAACAGAUGUUCCUGAAUACCAAAAACUUACUAGUCAGGUUCAUGAGAUUGUUGGACGCAUCAAUGGCCGAUUUGGAACUUUGACAGCAGUGCCUAUUCAUCAUCUGGAUCGAUCUCUUGACUUUCAUGCAUUAUGUGCACUAUAUGCUGUAACUGAUGUAGCGCUGGUUACCUCCUUAAGGGAUGGCAUGAACCUUGUUAGCUAUGAAUUUGUGGCCUGCCAGGAGUCGAAAAAAGGGGUCCUUAUUCUCAGCGAAUUUGCAGGUGCUGCACAGUCCUUAGGUGCUGGAGCAAUUCUGGUGAAUCCAUGGAAUAUCACAGAGGUCGCUGCGUCGAUUGGGCAAGCUUUAAAUAUGUCAGCCGAAGAAAGAGAAAAACGCCACAGGCAUAACUUUCUGCAUGUGACUACCCAUACUGCUCAAGAAUGGGCUGAAACUUUUGUGAGUGAACUAAAUGAUACUGUUAUUGAAGCUCAACAGAGGAUAAGAAAAGUUCCACCCCGACUUAACAUCAGUGAUGCAAUUGACCGCUAUUUGUUGUCCAAUAAUCGUCUACUAAUAUUGGGUUUCAAUUCUGCGCUGACAGAAUCGGUGGAUACCCCUGGAAGAAGAGGUGGAGAUCAAAUUAGAGAGAUGGAACUGAAAUUGCAUCCCGAAUUGAAAGAACCAUUGACCGCAAUCUGCAACGACCCAAAUACAACAGUUGUUGUCCUCAGUGGAAGUGACAGAAAUGUCUUAGAUGAUAACUUCAGUGAGUACAACAUGUGGUUAGCAGCAGAGAAUGGAAUGUUUUUGCGAUCUACAAAUGGUGUAUGGAUGACAACAAUGCCAGAGCAUCUAAAUAUGGAUUGGGUUGAUAGUGUAAAGCACGUCUUCGAGUACUUCACUGAAAGGACACCGAGAUCUCACUUUGAACAACGUGAAACUUCACUUGUUUGGAAUUACAAGUAUGCAGAUGUUGAAUUUGGAAGAUUGCAAGCUAGAGACAUGCUGCAGCAUCUUUGGACUGGCCCAAUAUCAAAUGCAUCUGUUGAUGUUGUACAAGGACUCCGCUCCGUUGAGGUCCGAGCAGUUGGUGUUACAAAGGGAGCAGCAAUUGAUCGUAUACUGGGGGAGAUAGUACAUAGUAAAGCCAUUGCAACACCAAUUGAUUACGUCUUAUGCAUAGGGCAUUUCUUAGGGAAGGAUGAGGAUGUAUAUACCUUUUUCGAGCCAGAGCUUCCUUCUGAUUGCAUUGGUAUUCCAAGGGGUAAGGUCUCUGAUGCACUGAAGGUACCAGGGGAAAGGCGAUCGGCGCCAAAAGUUCCGUCUAGCCGAACUAGCUCAAAAUCAUCUCAGAGCAGGAAUAGGCCUGUAUCAAGCUCAGAGAAGAAAACUUCCAAUGGUGGUGGACGUCGGACCUCACCUGAAAAUGUGUCCUGGAACGUGCUGGAUCUGAAGAAGGAGAAUUACUUCUCUUGUGCAGUUGGCAGGACUCGUACAAAUGCUCGGUAUUUGCUCAGUACGCCUGACGACGUUGUUGCUUUUCUAAAGGAAUUAGCUGAAGCAUCUAUCUCAAAUGCGCCAUUAUGAAAAGGAUAAAUGAUGCUGGUGUUUUUGAUUGAGGGAGAUUUGUAUGGAGGAUAUUGAGCAAACGUUUAUACCUGCUUUGCGUUGGAUAUAUAGAUGUCUGGAUUCAAAAUUCUACAAAGUAAAGAAAUAACCUUUCUGCUAGCUAAUAAUAGACUUCCUCUGUCCCUCUUCCGACCCGUAUAUGUUUUUGCGCGUCGGACUUUAACAUACAUAUCGAGCAGUUCAAAAUCACAAGCACUUGUCACAACUCACAACCAUCAUUUAUGGAGUCACUCAUUAAAAUGAACUUCAAAGGAGAAUUCUUAUAAUUAUUUUAUUGGC